AUAAAAAGGUACCACCGCCAUGGUUGAUCGCGCAGCAGCGGUACGGUCCCCCGCCGUCGUACCCGAAUCUGAAGAUUCCUGGACUGAACGCGCCUAUCCCCGAGGGUUGCGCGUUUGGCUACCACGCCGGCGGGUGGGGCAAACCGCCCGUGGACGAGAUGGGCAAGCCGUUGUACGGUGAUGUGUUUGGGCAUCAGAGUAGUGGACAGGAUGACAUUGAAGAUCAAGACAUUGACAGAACAAUGUGGGGUGAAUUGGAAUCUGAAUCAGAAGAAGAAUCUGAAGAAGAGGAAUCAGGGAUGAGGGCGAGAAGGGCACGGACCAGGAGAUGGCGGCCGGCGUCGCCACCCCAGGCGAGGGGCUCGUCACGCCGCUCGGCGUCAGCUCCGUGCCGCCCGGCGUCGAGACACCGGACACCAUCGAGCUCAGGAAGAAGAAACUCGACACCGAUCUCGAGGGCGGCGACACGCCGGCACUGUACCAAGUGUUGCCAGAGCGACGUGUGGGGCUUACCUCGGGCAUGAUGGCCUCCACGCACGUAUACGACAUCAGCGCCGCCAAUCCAGGCAAGCGUGCGGUGGGCGGCGGCGCGGGUAUCGCUCCCAGCGAGGGCAGCGCAGCGCCCGCCGGCGUGGACGUGGCGCUGGACCCUUCGGAACUGGAGCUGGAGCCCGAGGCGGUGGCGGCGCGCUACGAGCGGCACCUGCGCGACGCGCGCCCUCGCGACCACGAGGACCUUUCCGACAUGCUUGCCGACCACGUCGCCAGGCAGAAGAACAAGAGAAAGCGACAACAAACAACAGAUUCAAAGCAGGCGAAGAAAUACAAAGAAUUCAAGUUCUAAUAGCUUUAGUGAUACAUACUUAUUAUAUACCAUUGUAUUAAGUCUAUGGGUACAUAAUAUGUUAUAUUAUGAAGCAAUCAAGUUUAUUGAUUGACGUGAAACAAUAAUUCGUGUUAAAGAAACACCCUAUAACAGUGUAAAUAUUAUAAACAUCUUUUCGAUAAACUCGAAUGCAUUCUAUGUGACAUUAUCUAAGUGAAAUAAAUAUUAUAAAAUUAA